AUGUCCACCACGACAGCCUCGUCGGCCCGCAGCUAUGCUGCAGCCAUUGAUGCACUAAACUCCCUGCAGUCCAAUGCAGCUACACUCGAAGCAAUUCGCCGUAGUGGCAGGACCGUCAACGAGCUCAAUGAACCGGAAAUGACAGAGUAUCUAGAACGAAUUGGACACCAACGGGCUGAUCUGGAUCGCAUUCAUGUCAUUCAUAUUACUGGUACCAAGGGAAAGGGCUCGACAGCGGCUUUCUGCGAUACCCUACUUCGGAAAGUACGUCCAACCCACCAUGCCGGCAAAAUCGGACUGUACACUUCCCCACAUAUGGUCGCGGCUCGCGAGCGGAUCCGCAUUGAUGGCGAACCCAUUAGCGAAGAACAGUUUGCCAAGUUCUUUUGGGAAGUAUGGGACCGUUUGGAGCAGAAUCCAACCCGUCGAUUCGAGACAACGCCGCUGCGUCCCAUGUACUUCCGCUUCAUGACGAUCUUGGCUUUUCACGUGUUCAUUUCUCUGCAAGUCUCGGCUACGUUGCUAGAGGUGGGAAUUGGUGGUCUGUACGAUUCUACCAACAUUGUGCAGCAUCCCGUCGUGACAGGUGUCACGGCGCUGGGCCUGGAUCAUACCGCUUUGCUGGGAAAUACCAUUGAAGAUAUUGCCAUGCAAAAGGCCGGUAUCUUUAAGCCGGGUGCACCUGCUCUUUCUGUAGAGCAGCCAGCGAGCUCAUUGCACGUGCUUCAAUCAUAUGCUAACAAGGUAGGUGCCUCUUCGUACGAAGUGGUCCCUGUGAAACCUGAGCUUGCGUCGAUUCGCCUGGGUCUCCCGGGUGAUCACCAACAAACCAAUGCGAGUCUGGCUGUGGAAUUAGUACGUGCUUUUGCGCACUCGGAGACAGGCAAAGCCUGCUUUCCCGGCGCAGCCGAUGUGCUCGGUGACUGUGGCAGCCCUCUCAACGACAUCAUUAAGGAGGGGCUGAGCGAUGCCUUCUGGCCAGGCCGCUGUCAAACGGUACCGGCUAGCAUUACGGCCGGUGCUACGUACUGCUUGGAUGGCGCCCACACUAUGGAAAGUGUGCGGUUCUGUGUCAAAUGGUUUGUCCAGACUGUUCGUACUAGCACACAGCCGAAUAUACUGGCCUUCAACUGUACAAACGGCCGUUCGGCAAUGAUCUUGUUGGGCGCUAUGAUCGAUGAGCUACGGAUCCAAGAAGUAGACCCUGUUACCUUUUUCCAGCACGUCUACUUCUGCACUAACAAUACGUACGCGGAUGGCGGGUCGGCCAGUGACUUGAAGUCACUAUCAAUUGACCCCAAAGACUUGGAGAGCAUGUCUAUCCAGCGAGAGCUGCUGCAAGUAUGGUGUGAGUUGCAGCAUGUAGCUGGACCCAGUGCAGACCAGCCUCUCACUGUGACAUGGGCGCAAGACUGUGUGGCGCAUGUCGUGCCAAGCAUUGAACAUGUCAUGGAUGCUGUGCGUUCGCUGCAUGCCAAAGCUGGUGUGAUCCCCAAUGUAUUCGUAACAGGAAGCCUGCACUUAGUAGGUGGAUUUAUGGCACAUUUGCAAGCGCAAGGCAUGCUGGACAAUGGCUUGCGUAGCACACAGUCGAUGUCAUAG